GGUUCAUGACCAGCAGAUGAUGACCAUGUCGAGCUCGAUGAUUGUUUGGUGGUCAUUGUUGCGACACGGGACACGACAAUCACCAUGGUUGAAAACCAAUGGCGGCCGGAAAUUCGGUACUUUUAAUGAGAUGAUCAUCGAGGGUAAAUGUCGGGCACGUCGUUCGUUAGUAUUGGAAGAUGGUACGACCAAUUUACGACAAUUAUGGUUUAAAGAUGAUUGCACAUUGAAUGAUGAAUUGUUUGAUUCGAAAGCUCAAUCAAUAUUGAGAUGGCGUUUGAAUUCGAAUGGUACGAUCAAUGGUGGAUCAUAUUCAAAACGAUUUUUGCUCAUACAAUUCUGUGAUCAACAACACUAUGCUGAUGCUUGUCGAUAUUUACAAUCCCGGUACGAUACAACCGUUCGUAACAAUAUCUGCACGGUAAGAAACGGACGCCAACAAAUCUGGCCCAAAUUGAGCGCCGGCAAACUCAAACUAUUCAUCAAACCAGAUAUUCUAUCGAAUGGUUUGAUUAAUCAUUAUCGCAUAAUGACAGCCGAUUCCGAACAUUUGAUUGGUUAUUUUGAUGAUUAUCUUAUCAAAUCAUCGGCUCAAAAACAUCAGCGACACAAACCUGGAUCAUCAUUCGACUCUAAACGCAUCGAACAUUUAAUUUCGAAAAUAAUGCAAGGUCAAAAUCUGUUGUCCGACGACCAAUAUCGGAUUCGUUUUCAGAUUUGUCAUCAAUUGGAACAAUCGUGGAAAUCAUGCAAAAAUGAUAAUCAAUUUGAAUUGAUACCAUUCGGUUCGGAUGUAUCUGGUUUUGGUACCGAUGAUUCAGAUUUAGACUUAUGUUUAGUCAACAAAAUGCAAACUCAAUCUCAACAAAAAGUUCGUACAAAUCGUUCGAUCAGAAUUCUACGUUCGAUUUCAUCAACAAUGGAAAUGAACAACAAAAAGGCGAACAAGGAUUUUCCUCAAAUACAACGUAUAUUUCGUGCAUUUGUACCGAUUAUCAAAUGUCGUUCACGUUUGAUGCCAUCGAUAAACAUUGAUAUUUCAGUCGAUACUGAAUCGAAUAGUGGUGUUCAAAUGGCCAGGUAUCUGUAUUAUUGUUCACAAAGUUGUCCAUCGAUUCGUGGUCUAAUUUUGUUGCUUAAAUCAUGGGCCAAACAUCAUGGAAUUGUUCAUUCUUAUCCUGGUGAUUGGUUUUCCAGUUUUCAGCUAACCAUUUUGGCCAUAGCUUUUCUGCAAAGUGAACAUUUAAUCAUGACUAUCAAUGAAUGGCAACAAAAACAUGAUGACAUUCAAGCCAAACAACAACAUGAUAAUGUUGAUCGCCAAAUUCGACAGCUUUUACAGAGAUUUUUUCAAUUCGUAAUCGAUUAUGAUUUCUGGACCCGAGCCAUUGAUUUGCGAACCGGUCAAACAGAUUUGGCCAAAUCCUCAAUGUUAUCGACAAAAAUGAGUGCCUGUUAUAUAAUCAAUCCGUUCGCAAACAAUUUGAACAUUACAAAAACUGUAUCCGAUUCAGAAUUGGAAAGAUUUUUAUGUUUUUGUAAACAAUCAUUACAGUUGAUGCAACGAAACGAUUUCGUGGAAUGUAGCGAUCUAUUCACCGAUCGCAUUGAUGAUCGUUUACACGCAUUGACCACUAGUCGUAAUUGAAUUUUUGUAAAUAAAUUUUAUUAUUUUUAUUACCCUUCUUU